AUGGCCGAAAACGAGAACCCAGAUCGAACCCCUGUUACAGCGACCGAAACGAUAGAAACCACUGCUUUAGUCGAGACGUUAAAUGCCGAUCCGAACGCGCCUUCUUCCCCCGGAAAAGCAGCUGAAAUAACUCAAGAAGUAGCACCCGAGGUAGCAGAACCAAACGAAGCACCAACUGCUCAACAAGCGGUCACUCUCCCGAAAGAUACCUCCGAUAAUGAAGCGUCAAAUGAUCUGAUUGUAGCGCAAGACAGUGAGCAACCACAUAAUAAUAUUACUUUCAACGCGAAACCAACAACGGCAACUGAACAGCCAACUGAACAACCAAUCGAACAGCCAAUCGAACAGCCAACCGAGUUGCCAUCCGAACAGCCGACCGAACAGCCGACUGAACAAUCUGAACAAAACACCCAACAAUCAGCAGAAUAUAAAGCGGUUUCGCCCCCACCUUCACUAACGUCUAAUUCUGGUGAAGUGCAAUUUAAUGAUGCAAUGGCUAGAGUCCGUGCAAUAGCUGCUAAAUUGCAGCAAGAAGCAGCGCGAACAAAUACACAACAGCCGACAACAGUACAAGCAGCGAACACAACAGCCGACGUUACUGAGACCCCUCCUCAAGGUCAUGGUCACGGUCAUCAAGGGGUCAAGCGUUCCCACGAAGAGAAUUAUAGCAGCCACAGUUCGAGAGAUAAACGAGACGAUCAUCGUGACGACUAUAGGCGAGAUUCUUAUAGCAGACGCGAUAGGAGCAGGCAUGAUGACUAUGGUCGUGAUUCAAAAAGAGCUGCUUACGAUGGCGGAUCUUCGCGUUCAGAUUAUGAAGGUGGAAGUAGACACCGUUAUGGCCUCGGAAGUGAAGAACGUCAUAGGCAACAUGGAUCGUAUUACGGUCCCGGGGAAUCGUUACGUUCAGGACAGAUUCUCGAGGAGUUUUCUGUACCCAACGUAGUUGUCGGCUCUGUUAUUGGACGGGGCGGAGAAAAUAUAAAGAAGAUUGAAAAGAACACGGGAGCCAAAAUUCAGUUUUCGCAAGAUCAACCACCAGACUGUAUUGACAGGCGUGUGUCUAUUGCUGGUUCUCCAGAAGAAGUCAGAAGUGCGCGAACCAUGAUACAAUCACUUGUCGACGAGUCUCUCACCAGCCAAGCAAAUCGUCGCGGAGACUACGGGCCUAAUCGUGUUACGGUUACCAUUCACGUUCCGAGUAGUAAAGUGGGUGUGAUAAUAGGUCGUGGUGGCGAAACUAUACGUGAUCUACAAGAUAGAAGUGGUGCGCGAAUAAAUGUUACACCAGAUAAUGCUGCCACAGUUCAAUCUGCAGAUCGUCCAGUGACUUUGGUUGGUGACGAGGCUGCGAUACAGAGAGCAAAGGCGUUAAUCGAUGAAGUCAUCAAUGGUGGCGAUAUUGCUUUGGAUAGGUCAAACUCCAAAGACUAUGGUGGUUCUAGUCGUGGAGGUAGCGUCUAUGGUGGUGACGGUCAUGGAAGCAGUUACAAAGAUAGUCAUUAUGGUCCGGGAGGACAGUACGGUGGGAAGCCCUCUCAGGAAAAGAUCACAAUUCAAGUGCCAAACGAUACAGUCGGAUUGAUUAUUGGGAAAGGCGGUGAGACAGUCAAGACUCUUCAACAACAAUCGGGUGCUAAAAUUCAAAUAGAAUCUGACCAUGGACCAUCGACUGCAGAUAGAAACGUGCAUAUAAUCGGGACAUCUGAGACUAUUGCUAUUGCGAAAUCUUUAAUUCUUGAAAAAGCUGCGUCUGGAAAUGUAUAUGUCGUUCACUAUCGCUUGUUGAGUGGUCUUGCUAUCGUUUUUUAUCGUAAAAUGCUCGUAAUGAUAAUGCGUGAUAGGCCUCGACAUCCGGACUACGGAAGGAGUGGCGGAUACCAACAGAGCGGAAGUGGAUAUCAACAAGGCGGUUAUCAACAACCAGGAAACUAUCCACAAAAUAGCGGCUAUCAGCAGACGACGGGUUAUCAACAGAGCAGCAAUUACUCACAUUUAGGUGGACACCAGCAAAGCGGAUAUACACAAAGUAGUAACUAUCAACAGGGCACUGGAUAUCAACAGACUAAUUACACGCAGAAUACUUAUCCCUCUCAGCCAUCACAACAAAACACAUAUGGACAAACGAACACAAUUGGCGAUCCGUUAUCCAGUGGUUAUAAUACUGCAUACGCGUCAUCCGGACUUCAAUCAUCAACUAAUUACAGUCAGUAUGGUAGUGGUUACAACCAGACACCAACCACUUAUGGUCAAUAUCAAACACAACCACCUUAUGGCUCAUAUCCACAACAAUCACAAUACAGUCAACAACAGUCUACUGCAGUGGUAGUGGGACAGACUGCUGCUCAGACUGUUGCUCAGACUGCACAACCAAUGGGACAGCCAACAGCCACGGGGCAACCAGUCAAUCAGACGAUACCCCAGACGAUAGCUCAAUCUCAAGGCUAUUACUCAACACAACCAACACCAACCGAUAUCAAAAAGUCACCCCAAGGAACCGAAAUCAAACAAGACAUAUCGACGCCAUCCACAUCAUCACAAUAUGGCUACCAACAAUAUCAGUAUAACUACAGUGCAGCUCGACCCGUAGUGGCUCAGUAUCCAAGUAUGCCUAACCCUACUUCUACCCCUACAAGCACCUAUCCAAGUUCGGCUACGACUACGGCAUAUACUCCAGCUACAGCAUCCAAUGCGCAAGAUGCUAGAGAUCAAUCGUCACCCCCACAACCGACAUAUUCAGGUUAUUACCCUCAAUACACCCAAGAUCAAUACAGCCAACAACAGAAUUAUUACCAACAGUUUACGGUUAUCAACAAACGACUGCUGCUGCUGGCCGGCCAACCGAAGCCUCGAAAUGAGGCGAUAUUCGAUAUGUCUGUAAACUUCGAAAUUUUGGGAAAGAUACUAAUGGAUGCAGCGUAUUUUCUAUCUCUAUAG